AUGUCUUCUCGGGACACGUCUUCGCGGUGCGUCGUUGAAACCCACGGUUUGUUCCUUCCAUUUGCUCGCCUAAUUUGAGCCGCUCAUUCCAUUUUCACUACAUUAUUAAUUGAAGUUUCUGAAGCCUAACCAAUAGAAACAAUAAAUAUCACUGGUCAGCGCAACGCUUCUUUCUUCAGGCGUCUUUUAGUUGCGCGAAUUAUAAUUAUACUCUAUGUUCGCCGAGAGAGACUGAUGAUGGAAGAAUGACUUGACAUAGUCGCAAAUUGUUCAAUAUGUCAUCAAUUAGAUAAAAAGAAAAACAAAUGAAGGUGAGGCAACAAAUGCGAAGUCGUUCUAUAUUUAUCAGUAAGCACUUUUUUAUCUCUAUUAUUGAAAUAUUUUAAGUGCGACGUUUUCAGACGCUCCAACAGAGAAGCAGGUCGAUGAAUGGCUCGAAAAAGGCGACGUCGCGAAACUGGAGCAACUCGUUCUUGACGGUCGCGGCCACAUGUUGAGGUGCGAGCUCAGAAAUGUUAUAUCUCACCGAUAAAUGGUUGAAAGUUAACUGUAGAUCAGUUUGAAAUGUAAAAGGAAAGAGAGAUGGAACAAUUUUUGAAGGGAGAAGAAGACCACGGACCCUGGAGGUGUCGAGUUCAUGUCAGGAUUGACUCAAUAUUUAGUAUGCCCCGCUGUUUUUGCAUUAAAAAAUAGUGAUACAACUUGUAGACUAAAAUCGAUGCUAUCCACAAGGCUGUAGAAGAAGGCGACGUCAGGCGAGUCAAGUCUCUGAUCGACCGCUCGCAACUCUCUACCGCAAGGGACACUUACGGUGACAAAAUGUUUUACGUGGUACUCUAUGCGGCGUUCAGAGGGUGUUCAUCGAAUAAGAAAUAAGGGUCAGGGAAAAAAGAACCAAAGUUUUGGAGAGUGAGAGAAACCCAUAAAAAGUCGAAAAAUGUUUAAAAAAAUUGGUUGUAUCAAUCGAUUCAGGAAUGACGCCGAUUCACAAAGCUUUGCUACAUGGCCAAACGAACACUGUGCGGUAUCUUCUGGGAAAAUAUCCGCAUUGCGUGAAUGCCACCGACCAUGUACGAGUUUCUGUCUGGAGAUAAAAUUGAACACCUUUUUGGGGGGUUUUUGGGAUGAGUCGAUAAUUUCAAGGCUGUAACAUUCUUUGAGUACAAAAGUAGUGAUGCGAGAAAAAUUGAAAUCGAUGGGUUUUCGAUUCAAAUUUCUUCUUGAGCUUCGACAUUUGAACUUACUUUUCUUAGUUGUGACUAAUCUUCUUCUAACGCUCGCAAAAAAUCUCAUGAGAACUUUUUUUUCUAAACCGAUUGGUCAAAAAAUGGACAAUUAAAUGGUUAAACAGAGCUUAGGGAAGUUUAUAGUUUUUUUUUAUAUCAUUAGGUUUUAGAAAGUGCAGAAAAGAGCGGGUUCGAACUUGAAAGCAUGACAGUUUAUGAUUUUUCCUGUUCAUUUUGCGGUUUGAAGGCAGGUCGGACUCCUCUGCACUACGCUGCAGCCGACCCAAACGGCGAGCACAUGAUAAAGGUUCUACAGAAAAGUGGUGGCGACGCCUUCAUCGAGGACAAGGUUGCCUUCCUUCCCCUUCUUUCCCAGCUUUCUCACAUUUUUUAUUUUCAAAAAUUGUCCAUCAUAGAUCUUCAUCGCAAUCUCGGAGUAUUCAUCCGCUGUCUUUCUUUUUUUUUCAUUUAGUAAUAUUUACGGAGAGCAUGAAGCGUCAUUUUGAAAAAGGUUGUUUUGAUAGCCGACUCGCAGAAGAGAACUGCGGGCUUCUGUUUUGCCGCAAACUGCCAUUAACUCUUUCAUGUUGGGCUCAUCUCUUUCUUCUAAAAGUUUGUUUUCCGAAUGGGCAGAAUCGAAGUAUUUUUCUUCAAUAACUAGAUGCUUUUUGAAAAAAAGAAAAAAAUCAUAUGAACAAAAAAAUUAUAUAUUUGUUUAUCAGGUAUCACAAGGGGUGUCAUUUCAGUGAGAAGUUUAGUUUUUUAAUAAUUUUCCCAAGCAUUCUUUGAAAGUUUAGAUGAAGGCUCCAUAGUGGAUACUUACGCGUAUUUUUUUAUAUUAUAAUUAUUCAAAUUUUCGGGAAAUAGUGAAGGCCUGAAUCAGAGUUCAACGCGAAUUUCGCAAGAAUUUUGUCUGCAAAAACUCUUAAUUUAUUAAUGAGAAAUCUCCAUUUUGACCUUGAGAUAGUAUUUGGAAAAAUCGAAACUCCUGACUGCAAUUAUCUCUUUCAAGCUUCUAAAAGUGAAUUUUGCGUGAUGGGAUCAUUUUUUGAAGCACGGACACACGCCGUUUUACUACCGCACUCAUGGACAACGACUGAAUGUGCGCUCUAUGAAAGACAAUGCCGUCAUGAAUCAACUGAUUUCCGGCCAACUCAGCCGUCCAUUGCUCCAAGGUAAACAUUUUGUAUCCCAUAAAAGGACACUUUUAUUCCAAGUUUCAGUGCUGUGUGCCUUCUAAAAUACCAUAGGAUGGGUUUAAUAAAAAUUGAACUUUAAUUUAUAAAAAGUUUAAAGACUUGGAAGAAGACAUAUACGACUGGAUCCACACCGGUAACAUAGGAAAGUUGGAAGAACUUGUGCUCACCGGAUAUGCCGACCUUCUCCUUGGACGCAACCACGAAGUCGAAGACGCCGAUAGUAUCGGUUUCCUCGAGGUCCUUCCGCAGUACCAGGUGUUCACAUCAAUCUAUCUUUUUCGGAUCUUUUCAGACUGGCGGAGACUUUUUCUCGCAUAAAAUCCUUAAUUAAUUUUGAUAUUAAGGCGAAAAUUCAAGCUAUACACAAGGCUGUUGAAACGGGAAACUUGCGAGCUGUCAAGUUGCUGACCGAUCGGAAGAAGCUAUCGCUCUGCAGAGACACUCGUGGACUCUCUCCGCUGCACAAAGUACAGUUCUUGUUUUUUUAAAAUUUCCGACUUCAUUCUUCUAGGCGAUCGUUUUUGAACGAACCGAUAUUGCGAAAUACCUCAUUCGCAACUACCCGCAAUCAGUGAACGCAAUGGAUCAGGUCUGAUUAGCUUUCACAGGCCGUUGACUUCGAAUUGCAGAAAAAACGAACUCCUCUUCACUAUGCAGCAGCUCUGAAGGAUGGCGGAUAUUUGUACAAAGUGAUGCGCAAGUCGGGCGCUGACCCCAAUAUUUAUGACUGCGUAUACUACCGGAGAGUUCCCCAGGAUUCAUCAGGAUGUUCAGAAUGGACGGCCGGCGAAGUAUUACUUGAAGCACGCGGGCGAGAUCGACUUGUCAGCGAUGCGUCUGGAUACAAGGGCUGCUCUCAAGCAGGUCUUUCAAACUUCUGAAUCAAGAAUGCGAAUGAAAAGGUGGGACUUCCAGGUGCUCCACAACAGAGUGGCUCCGAGCUACUUGGAGUCUUCCAUACAGCAAUGGCUCCGUGACGGUCAAGUAGCCAAACUCGAGCAGUUGGUUCUUUCAGGUGAGCCCCGCUAAUAUCACAGAAACUUCUGCUUAUUCAGGCUGUGGAGAUUUACUCCAAAACAGAACUUCGAGCCAUCCGGACACCCAAAACUUCCUUGACAACUUGCCAGAAUAUGUAGUGAGUCUAGGCUUUUUUCUUUGAAACUUUCAAAACCUCCUCUUUGAAGGAGAAAAUUGAUGGUAUUCACAAAUCGAUAAAAGAUGGAGACCUGGAUCGAUUGAAAGAUCUGAUGAAGACGAAGAAGUUGGCCAUCGGUCGGUUCCUCAUGUUUUGACCCACUCAUGGAUUUCUUCAGCCCGAGAUCGGUUUGGCUGUACUCCCCUGCAUGCGGCAGUGGUACACGAACACACAGACAUUGUCCGCUACAUCGCCGGCCACUAUCCCUCCGUUCUCAACGCUCCAGACUAUGUAAAGCUUGGAAAUACUGUGUCCCGAAAAAAUUCACUUCAGAAUAAAAGAACGGCGAUGCACUACGCAGCGGCGGCGCGUGACGGCGGACAUUAUCUGAAGAUUCUCGGAAAGGCUGGGGCCGACCCGAUGGCCGUCGACAACGUGGGGACAGCCUUGCUUUUUCUGAGUGCAAUCAUUAACAGGAAGGAAGAACUCCAGACUACUAUCGACGGAAUGCUGUGAUAGACCUGAAGAUGAUCAAGGAGCGCGACGAAGAGUUCGAGGCGAUCACAGAGGAGUUCCUGGAAGAUGGACCUUUGAUUGAGAGUCCGGCAUCGCCAGAUUCUGGAAGCGCCAGGUUUGCUUCUAUCGAAUUAGAGGUGCAAGUGUGCAGCAUUUGCAAGCCCUGAAAUGACGGUUUCUCACUAAAACUUUUGAUUUCGCUUCCUCUUUGAUCUAUAAUUAUAGCAUUUCUUAGAUUCUAAUUUAUUUUCUUGAACUGGCCAGGUUCUCCUCUAUUUGGAGCUUCUCGCAUUUUCAGAUUGAAGUCGUGAAAAUGUAUAAUUGGCAUUUUCGAUUCAGAGACUUUCUUAAGUAAGAUUAGAUAGGUUACUAAGACUUUCAAAGUUUAGUUCUUUUCUGACUUCCCGUAGCUUUCAUACUUAUUUUUAGCUCCGUGAUCGACUCGUCGCGGCCAGUAGAGGAGGAGGAAGAAGUUGGCGACAAGCACAAGUUUGAGCGGAUGUUCCGAGGAAGAGUCGACCUGCCGACUUCGGAGAACGGCGUCUACCUUGCUCGAACUGUGGCUCCAGUGCUCACAAAAGCUCUCGCCGAGGUUCCGGCUUUCUUUUUUUUUUAAACUUAACCUGCUUGUUUCAUCUCUAGGUGCUGUUGCGCCGACCGGCAGAUCCGAUAGGCUUCAUCUCAGACUGGCUGCAGAAGUAUCACAAUGAAAUGCCGCGGAGGACAAAUGGACAUAUGUGA